CUACUCUUCAUCUAUUUUUUAAGUGGACAAAAUUUUGCAGCCUGGUCGUUUUCCAAGGUCAAGCGGGAGAUUUGCCUCCAUCGCAAAAAUGCAAGGCCUACAGAAUCCUGUGUCUCAGAUACAUUCAACUGCAGGCGCAGUACCUGUAAAGAAUGAGAAAGGUCAAUUUUAUAUGGUCAAGGUGAAGGUGCAACGAUAUGUUGCCGGGAAGAAGCCAGACUUUGCAUCAAGUUCAAGUUCGGAGUCAGAAGACGAGCCAGCUGUGAAGGACACCGAAGAGAUUAAAGCUUUUACUUCGAGAUCUGGCUUGCUGAAGGACCGUUUAAGGGGACAGGAGAACGCAAAAUCCACAGCAGAUGGUGGUGACCAGCCAACCGCUGAAGAGUUAGCUGAUCCAAGAUUUAGAAGAUUAAUGAGAGCAAAGGACCAACUUAGCCAAAGUAGUGACGAAGAAGAUGAAACUGACAGGGUUACCCGUCACAAAAAGUACCGCAAGUCUGGUCAUUAUAGCGAGGAAAGCCCCCAGAAUUCGGAUGCAGAAGAUGCUGAUGAAGAGGAUGUUGAUGAAGCUGAAUUAAUGAGAAGGCGUGAACUUAUACGUAAAAAAGCUUUGGCUGCACAAAUAAACGCUGAAUCGGUGAAAAAUGAUGGAGAUCUAAAAAAUGAUACUAAUUAUGACGACGCAGAUGCAGAAGAUGAGCUUGGUUACUCUGAAGAAGAGUACACAAGCUCAGAUGAUGAAGUUGCACCCAAACUAAAACCGGUAUUUGUACGUGCACGUGAUCGAAUAACUUUACAAGCGAAACACAAAGCUGAUCAACUUGCUCAAGAGACUGAAGCCGAUGUGAAACGGCUUGCCGAGGAACGCCGAAAGACAACUCUCAAGAUGCUGGAAAUCGAAUUACGUCGUGAAGCCGAAGAAGCCCAUGCAAUAGAAGAUGCCCUAGAUGCAUUAGAUUCUGACGAGGGUCAAGGCAAUCCUCAAGCUGAACAAGAAGAAUACGAAAAAUGGAAAGUUAGAGAAUUGAAACGUAUUCGACGAGAUCGUGAAAUUCGUGAGGCAGCUGCCCAAGAAAAGGCUGAGAUUGAAAGAAUACGUAAUAUGACUGAUGAACAACGCCGUGAAGAAUUCAUAAGAAACCCUAAACUGAUCACUAAUAAAUCAGUGAAGGGUAAAUACAAAUUUCUUCAGAAAUACUUUCAUCGGGGUGCUUUCUAUGUUACUUCACUGGAGGAUAAAGUCUUUCAACAAGAUUUUACACAACCAACUCUGGAGGAUCAUUUCGACAAGACGAAGUUACCCACUGUUAUGCAGGUCAAAAAUUUUGGACGUGCUGGACGUACCAAGUAUACACAUUUGGUGGAUCAAGAUACAACUGUCUUCGAUUCACCAUGGUCAACAACGAAUCCACAGAAUGCGAAAUUCCAGUCAAAUUAUGGUGGUGGAUUCAAACAGAUUUUCUCUAGACCAGCUGUAUCUAAACAGAAAAAGAAAACUGGUUAGCCUUGUUUGCUAUGUAUGCUUGAAUGUGUGUGUGUGUGUGUACAUAAAUAAGGCUGAAACUUUCUUUCAUCUCUUUGUAUAUUUUGAAUCGUUUUUUCUUCUUCUUUUGUUUCUAUUAUGCACACAUAAUUUAUUUGAAUAAUCC